AUGCCAUUACUCUCAUAGCGUCUACAGGAUGCCAUGCAUAGAUUGUAUGUUGGCAGGUGGACGCCAUCUUCAAUGCUGUGAAGUGUAAUAAUACGCCGGAGUUGUCCGAUUAUCUUGCGAACGACAAAAGUUUCGGGACUCCGGUUAAUUGGAAUUCCUUGAAGAUUCCAUGACACCAUGAGUUACCAGAUGCAGCAGCCACAGUCUAGACUUAUAUCACACGGCAAUUACCAACAGCCAAGUGAUCUACCCAUAGGUUCAGCAAAAGAACAAACCAUCAUGUGGCAGCAAAACUCUUACCUGGGUGAUUCAGGUAUCCAUUCUGGAGCCACAACCCAGGCUCCAUCAUUGACUGGAAAAGAAGAAGACAUGGAGUCAGACCAACUGAUGUUUGACUUAGAUCAAGGAUUUGCCCAAGGUUUUACCCAGGACCAAGUUGAUGAGAUGAAUCAGCAAUUGAGUCAGACACGUUCUCAGAGAGUUCGUGCUGCAAUGUUCCCCGAAACUCUAGAAGAAGGCAUAGAGAUUCCAUCCACACAAUUUGAUCCAGCUCAGCCAACUGCAGUUCAACGUCUAGCAGAACCAAGCCAGAUGCUCAAACAUGCAGUAGUCAACCUAAUUAAUUACCAGGAUGAUGCUGAUUUGGCAACUAGAGCAAUACCUGAACUUAUAAAACUGUUGAAUGAUGAAGAUCAGGUUGUUGUUUCUCAAGCUGCAAUGAUGGUUCACCAACUGUCAAGAAAGGAAGCAUCAAGGCAUGCUAUCAUGAACAGUCCACAGAUGGUUGCUGCUUUGGUACGAGCAAUUUCAAAUAGCAAUGAUUUGGAGUCGACAAAAGCAGCUGUUGGUACGUUACACAACUUAUCUCACCAUCGUCAGGGUUUGCUUGCCAUUUUCAAAAGUGGUGGCAUUCCAGCUCUUGUAAAACUGCUCAGCUCGCCUGUUGAGUCUGUACUAUUCUAUGCCAUUACUACACUGCAUAAUCUUCUUUUGCACCAAGAAGGUUCGAAAAUGGCAGUUAGAUUGGCUGGAGGUCUGCAAAAAAUGGUUGCACUGUUGCAGCGGAAUAAUGUGAAAUUUCUUGCCAUAGUAACAGACUGUCUCCAAAUAUUGGCAUAUGGAAACCAAGAAAGUAAACUCAUUAUCUUGGCCUCUCAGGGGCCUGUGGAGUUAGUUCGCAUACUCCGCUCUUAUGAUUAUGAGAAGUUGCUAUGGACAACAUCGCGUGUUCUGAAAGUAUUGUCAGUCUGCUCCAGUAACAAGCCAGCAAUUGUUGAAGCUGGAGGCAUGCAAGCAUUAGCUAUGCACCUUGGUCAUCCAAGCCAACGCCUUGUUCAGAACUGCCUGUGGACUCUGCGCAAUCUUUCAGAUGCCGGAACUAAAGUUGAUGGUUUGGAAGGUCUUCUGCAGAGUUUAGUGCAGUUGCUGGCAUCAGCAGAUGUGAAUGUUGUGACAUGUGCUGCUGGUAUUCUCUCAAAUCUCACUUGCAACAACCAGCGGAACAAAGUUACAGUAUGUCAGGUUGGCGGAGUAGAUGCCCUCGUAAAUACCAUUCGAAAUGCUGGUGAUCGUGAAGAAAUAACUGAACCUGCGGUAUGUGCACUUCGCCACUUGACAUCUCGUCAUAUUGAAGCAGAAAUGGCACAGAAUGCAGUUCGUGCUAACUAUGGAAUGCAAGUCAUUGUAAAGUUACUGCAGGCACCAUCUCGUUGGCCUCUUGUUAAGGCAGUCAUUGGACUGAUACGAAACUUGGCUCUGUGCCCUGCCAAUCAUGCUCCACUGCGUGAACAUGGUGCAAUUCAUCAUCUUGUGCGACUUCUUAUGAGAGCAUUCCAGGAUACGCAGAGACGUCAGUCUAUAGCCAGUAGUGGCAGCCAGCAGCCAGGAGCUUAUGCUGAUGGUGUUCGCAUGGAAGAAAUUGUUGAAGGAACUGUUGGAGCUUUGCAUAUUUUGGCACGCGAAUCGAACAACAGAGCUAUUAUCCGUGGACAGAUGGUUAUACCAAUCUUUGUUCAGCUUCUGUUUAACGAGAUAGAGAACAUACAGAGAGUUGCUGCAGGAGUCCUCUGCGAACUAGCAGCAGACAAAGAAGGAGCAGAAAUGAUUGAACAAGAAGGUGCCACAGCUCCCCUUACAGAAUUAUUGCAUUCAAGGAAUGAAGGAGUUGCAACCUAUGCCGCAGCUGUUCUAUUCCGAAUGUCUGAAGACAAACCACAAGAUUACAAAAAACGACUGUCAAUGGAGUUAACAAACUCUCUGUUCAGAGAGGAACAAAUUAUGUGGAAUGGAGGUGACAUACCAAUAGGACCAGAUUUGCAGGAUAUGCUUGCACUAGGCCCAGACCAGGGCUAUUCAGCAGUAAUGUAUGGACAGGGACCACCUAGUGUUCACAGCAGUCAUGGAGGUCGUCAGUAUCCGAUGCAAGGCUAUGACACGCUACCAGUAGACUCUAUUCAAGGACUUGACAUAAAAUCUCACCCUGCCACUGGUGGUGGCGGCGGCGGUGGUGGAUCCAAUUAUGGACCCAUGGACACCAUGGAUGUACCAGGUGCUGAAUCAACAGACCUCAAUUUUGACCACUUGGAGGAAUUACCAAGCCCACCACAGGACAAUAACCAAGUGGCUGCUUGGUAUGACACUGACUUGUAAUUUAGAUUUGGUGCGGUGUCUGUCAGGAGUGUUAUUAACGUGUGUAUGUUUUUAUGUUCAUGGUGAAGUGAGUGACAUACUUUGCAUGUUAGAAGGUUAUUGUGUGUGGCAGACUGGCUGUACCACAGUGAAGAUAUCUCAUUCACAUGUUAAUUUUAGGUUUAUCAUUCCUAUUUCAUGACAGCUUUGUGAGAAUUCAUAACCAAAAUUUUAUAAACAAUUUUGUUGAGUGUUCUCAUAUAAUUUUGAUUCAUUAUUCCAUUUUGUAUAAUGAAUUGGAAGCAAAUGUUACUGAGUAAUGUAGAUUUUGGAAUAUUAUGUAAACAGAAUGAUGUGUAAGCCACUGUCAUUAUGGAAAGAUGAUUUUUUUGCUGCAUUAAUAGCCUCAUAAUUGAUACAUUAGGUGUGUAGAUGCAGUUUUAAGUGAGAAUUAUGUGUCUCAUUUAAUAAAUUUGUGAGUUUCACGCACAGUUAUUUAAUUAGAUGUAACUGUUAUUGAGCACUGCAGGGGAUAUCAUUAGUUAUUGUUCAUAUCACUCAGUCAUAAAAUUGUGUGUGAUCAUAGUAGCAAAACAUUUAUGUAUGUGUAGUGAAAUCUGCUAUAAUACUGAGUACUUUUAGCUGUGUAAUUCUGCUUCGUGUAUGUUGAAUGGUCCAUUUGCUUUCCUACUUCAGACGAAAAGUAUCUUGGAUAUUCUUUAAUUACAUGUAGGGGACCAUAUAUUUUUCUUCUUACUUUAGCCAGAACAUCAAAUAAAGUUAUUAAAUAUAA